CCGAGUGAGCAGCUGAAAGUCAGCUUUAUUUCAAAUUUAAAUGUAAUCUGAUGUAGUCAGUAUUUAAAGUCAGGCUCUGUUAUUGACUGAAAACUCCGACAGACUCAGACAUUUAGAACAAACUAAGAGUCGGAUCAGCACAAAUACUGACACAGAGAUGGCUGCUGGCACUGCGCUGCUCUGCUGCACUUUGCUGUUUGUCCAUGUCUUCGUCCCUGCAGACGAGAAAACCAUCACAGCUGAGUUUAGACAGAAGAGUGUCAGUCUGACAUGUCGAGCUCCAAACAACAAGAAGAUCACUGCUGUAAAGUGGAUCACAGAUGACCUGAAAUCAGUUCUUUUGUACCAGGAUGGGCACUUUGAUCCAUCCAACCAGCCUCCAUCUUUUAAGAACCGAGUGAAUCUGCGGGACAAACAGAUGAAGGAUGGAGACGUGUCUUUGAUUCUGAAAGAUGUGAUCACUGAUGACACUGGAAGAUAUGUGUGUGCUGUCUUCAUGGAAGAAACAAGCUCAUGGAAGUUCAUCAGCAGCAUCAACCUAAUGGUUUCUCCAGACCAGAAAAUCAUCACAGCUGAGUCUGGACAGGAUGUCAUCCUGCCAUGUCGAGCUAGAAAGAACAACAUUGAACAUGUAGAGUGGAAAAGAGCUGACCUGAAGACAGAAAAUGUGUUUUUCCAUAGUUAUCGUGACAUUAUUCUAGAUGGCCAGCAUCCAUCUUUUAAGAACCGGGUGGAUCUGCAGGACAGACAGAUGAAGGAUGGAGACGUGUCUUUGAUUCUGAAGGAUGUGACGAUUAAUGACGCUGGAACAUACGAUUGUGGUGUCUCAAUUGAAGAAGCACACAUAUGGGAUCACAGCAUCAUCCACCUGGUUGUUGUUCCUCCAGGUAAAUCAGGAGGAGACAGAGAUGAACUGUGAAUCAGACGAUCUGAGGACAUAAAUGAACUCUCCCGAACAUCCAGCACUGAUUUUGCUUUAUGUAUUCUGAUUCUCUUGUUGUGCUUUGUUGAUUAUGAUUGGUUCUUAGGUUUGGUUCUUAUGCCCUCGUGUUUAGGGUAGGUUUAUUUUAGUGUCAAGUCUGCGUCUUUGUGAAUUGUUUCUUGGUACAUGUCUUAUGUCAGUGUAUUUAGUUUUGCUUUCCCCCAUCUUGUUAGCCCUAAUUUCUUCCAGCUGUGUCUCCUAUUCCCUGAUUACUCCCAUAUAUUUAAGCACUGUGUUUGCCUUUGCCCUUUGCCUCUACAUGUGUGGUUUUCCCUCAUGGUCCUGUUUAGUUUUUCUCUUCCAGUGCUUCAGUCCUUGGUUCCUAUGUCCAGAGUUUUGUUUUUUGGUGAGUUUAAUUUAUUAAGAGUUUUUUUUUCCCCCCAAUAAUAAAGCUGUACUUUAAGUUUAACCUCCUGGUUUUGAGUCCUACGUUUGGUUCCUUUCCUGCCUGCUGCCCACAGCCCAACAUGACACAAAGUCAAACUGUGUUACAAACAUACAUGAAUUUAUGAGGUCUAAUCUAAGAAUCAGUGAGUGUUUUUGUGUUGGAGCUUCAGGUUCAGCAAAUUAACUCUUUUAUGUUGGUGUGAUUUUAUUAAUGUGACAUUUUCCGCAAAUCCAGCCCACUGGAAAACAGUUUGUAUUUUCUUCUCUUUUUUAGUUUGUAAAUCCAUCUCAUCAGAUUUAACACAUUGUACAAACUGCUAUAGACUCUGAUAUUUCUCUCUCUCUCUGAUCCUGCACUGAGGAGUUUGACAACCUCCUCAACUUUUCUUUAACCUGACACACUGUUCAGGUCAGAUUUGACCUGCUUUGACCUUUGACACCAGCACAAACACCCUAAACUACUUUUUUGGGCUGAAACCUGAUGACUUUUCCUAAACUGAUACAAAAUACACAACACUGAAAUUAUUUAAAUAUGUUAUACUGUUGUUUAGAUGAUACAAACUUUUUUACACUGGUGCAGUUUUGGGACAGUUUAAAUCGUAUCUCUUUAGAUGGAUUUUCAGAUCCACCAGUUUGGCUCAAAUGAAGGAACGUUGUGAUUUUAGGAUAUUUUGACACUGUGAAAAUGUUCAUGUCAUGUUUGUGUGGAUUUUAAAGAGACAGUGGUGUCAGAGGUCAAAGGGCACCUUGAUUCAGCCAUGACUGUGAUGUCUCUGUUCACAGCAUGUUCAUCCUGCUGCCCACAGAAACAAACUCCUGCAGUGAAUUAGUAAAAUAAUACAUGGAGCACAUGAUGAACAGAGGUCAUACAUGUCUGACUCUACAGCUGCUGAAGUGGAUUCUGGGUCUCUGACUUCCUCCCACAGUACAAAAACAUUAACAGUUGUUUCUCAUUUAGCUGUGUAUGCUGUGUGUGAAUGUGCUGCAUGAAUGUGUGUUUCAUACAGAACUUUAUGGUCAGUGACACUAACAUAUAAACAUGAGUACAUUAUAUUAGCACAUGAAAGCACAACAGUGUGGCAUUAAUAUUCCAGCAGUGAGGACAGUGUUUAAUCAGCAGUCAGUGUGAUGAACUGAUGCUCUGUUCUCUGGUCUGACCAAAGCUUUAACUCCAAACAUCUCUCCACUGUUAGAGCUUCUGCACUCACUGUUUCAGGUUCAGUUCAAAUCAUGGUUCCUAUUUUUAUGGCCUGACGGUGUGACGCCUCCACCUACAUCACUGAACUGCUCCACUUCUCUACUCUUCUCUGUGUGGCCUUCUUUAAAGAGCCUCUUGGUUUUCGUGUUGUUUUGCUCAGCUGUGCC